UUGAACACCAGAAGCCUAAUCUCUUCGGAAGGAAAAAUGAAAAGUUCCAAUCUUGGAUGGUUGGUUUUGGUCGAAAUUUUGGUGACUUCAAGCCUACCAUUUACAGUAGCCUCUGGGAGAGUGAGAACUGGUGUUUUUCUGUCACCUAAGAUCGAGCUUGAACCGGGGUUGGUGUCGAAUAAAUUCUAUUUCGACGUCGAUUUCCCGAGAGGUCAUAUUGCCGUGAAAAGUUUCGAUGCCGAAAUUGUUGAUGAGGCCGGGAAUCCUGUUCCGCUGUAUGAUACUUACCUGCACCAUUGGAUUGUUGAGAGGUUCUUUGUACGCGAAGGUUUGUGGACUCGCGACGUUUCGAGACUCAAUAGUUCGGAUUAUAUCUCUGGGAGGAAUAGCGGGAUUUGUAACGAUGGGGUUCUCGAUCAGUUCUUCGGUCUUGGUUCCGAGACACGAAGAACUGCGACACAUAUUCCCGGCCCUUACGGGAUAGAAAUCGGUAACCCUGCUGAGAUUCCUGCAGGGUUUGAAGAGACAUGGGCGAUCAAUGUUCAUGCGAUCGACACAAGGGGAGUGGCAGAUAGGAUCGGUUGCAUCGAAUGCCGGUGCGAUCUUUACAACGUUACGAGGGAUGAAUCCGGAAGACCUCUGAGUCCAGACUACAAGGGGGGCUUAUUAUGUUGCUACGACGGUGCACGAUGUAGGAGGAAUGAAACGUUUAAUGGCAUCAAAAGAACCCUUUACCUUCGAUACACCGUGACGUGGGUCGACAUGGAUAGCUCGAUCGUGCCCGUUAAAGUUUACAUAUUCGAUAUUACCGACAGGUGGAGGAGGUCUAGAAAUUCAACGGGGAUCAAUGCAGAGCACGAUUGCAUGGUUGAAUACGACAUCGAAUCUUGCCGAUCCACGGGAUCGGCCAGAUACAGAUGCAUCGACGACAAAAGGAUUAGCCUUGACAUGCCAUUCAGUGGCUAUGUUAUUUAUGGUGUUGGGCACCAACAUGUUGGUGGCUCUGGUUCUGCUCUCUCUAGGAAGGAUGGCAAGCCUUUGUGCAAUUCGGUACCGAUAUACGGGACCGGGGUGGAAGCCGGGAACGAAGCCGGGUACGUCGUAGGAAUGUCGACAUGCUACCCGAAACCAGGAAGUGUGAAGAUAUCUAAAGGGGAGACUCUAAUUUUAGAGUUAAAUUAUAGCAGUAUCCAACAACAUACAGGAGUUAUGGGGCUAUUCUACCUCUUGGUUGCCGAGAAAUUGCCUCAGUGAAUAUCAUGGCGUUGAACCAAAUUGUAUUGUGUGUGUACUACCGAGUGAUUGAUUUAGGUCAUUUGGUGUCUACUGUUAGCUUUAUUAUGUGGUAUUCUAGCUGCUUUGUUUCCCAUUAUUAUCAUGUGAAAAAAUACAUAAAUGAUCCCUGACUAUAGGGUGUUUUUUUA